AUGAUCGACAACCUUCUAUACACGUAUGAUGUGAGCUGCUACAAAGACUCAUCGUCAGGAAACUACUGUGACUUGAUCUUGGAGGAAUGGCGAAGCCAAACAAAUGCAACAGGCGACGACAGCGCAGCGCAUGACUGUUCUGACUGCACUCUUGGGCCGUUCAAAAUACAACUAGAAUCGCCGAUAGGCUACCAUGAUGAGUGGGCAGAAGACUUUACCUCAUUAACCUCGAGCUGUGGAGCUACUGGGUAUACCUAUGUAGCGCCUACGGGAUACGCCUUGAAUUCCUCUAUUACAUCGUCUAGCACGGCAACGAGUACCGGUACUGGGACUAAUGCUGCUACUCCAACCUCUACGCGCGCCUAUGCGACCACGUACACAUGUCAUUCGAUUGCUAAAAAGCAUAGUGUUUCUACAUACAACCUCAUGGUCGCCAAUGGAAUCACAAUUUUCUGCUCAAAUCUGGCUGCACCAGGAGAAAAUAUUUGCAUUCCGGAGAGCUGUAACUCAACAACUCUGUUGGCCGGAAAUACUUGCGCUCAAAUGAUGUCUGACUGGAACGUCAACAUGGCAAAAAUCCUAGCUUGGAAUCCGAGCAUCAGCAGUUUGUGCGAUAAUUUUCAUCUCUUUUACGGAUGGGAAAUCUGUAAGGGACCCCCAGGUGGUGCUAUAGAAGUGCCCACAGGCGCUCCAACGACUACAUCAGCCCCUACUACCACUGGUAUAGUCUACAGCACACCUGCGCCAGUUCCAACAAAUGCUAUGGCAGGUUCUAAUCACCGCUGCGGUAAAUGGUAUACGUGGCUGUUCCUGAAUCCAGACGUCUUUGCCAACUGUACGAACCUGUGGGACGGAUAUGCCUACUGCGUUGGAGCCGUCGGCAACAUUGCGACCUACUCAGGCUGGACUGUCACUGCAGCACCCACCACCAGCUUCACCAUACCUGCAAGUACAACGGAGACAUGGACCCCAGGACCAACCUAUACACUGCCACAUGCUGCGGGAACAUUGCAAGACUGUGCAGUUUAUAGGGAUGCUAUUGAUGCAAACAAUAACCCAACGAAGGAGUGGGGUCUUAGUACUGAUUUCCUGGACAGGCUCGGCAUCAACUACACAGCCUGUUCAUUCUAUUCCCACCCUUACUCGGUCACUGUUGGUGACCUCGUACAGUGGAACCCCAGCCUAGAUGUAUCGGAUUGUGUGGUUCACAAGGGCUAUAGUUACUGCGUUCUGAACUCACACGAUCAUACUUCGAGCGAUCCUCCGGACGGCGUGCCCGUCGAGAGAAAAUGCGAUACCGUCGAUGAAGCGUGGAUCAUGAAGGGUACUGCGUCUGGUUGCAAUUGCUACUACGUGAUACGUAGCAAAGAGGCUGAGGGUACAUGA